AUGGGCAUCUAUUAUAGUCUGAUAUCGGGUUUUUCAUCACCGACAUCGACUAAUAAUGGAAAUGCUCAUUCAAUAAUACAUUUAAAAUCUUUAAAAAAACGACGACGUCGUCAUAAGCGACAUUAUUUAUUAAAUCAAUUUUUCUUGGGUACAAAUCAUUUUUUUCUUAAUAGAAAAACACAUAAAUGUCUUUUUCAUGAAUAUUAUACCUUAAAUUCAAAUUCGGAUAUAUUAACACCAAUAAAUUUAAAUUUAUCAUUACCAAAAUUAAAUCAUCCACUAAUAAUACAUCCAAUACAAUGUACAAUAGCAAUACGAAGAGAUUCAUUAAAAUUAAUUCAUUGUUAUGAAGAUUGGUAUUCAAUUGAUUUUAUAUUUGAUGCUGAUCGACCAGUUCAAAUUUACAUCUAUUUUAUGGCACAUGAAAUCCAUGCAAAUAAUGAUGGAACUUUAUCAUAUGUGUGUUGUACAAAAGUAAAUCAAUUAGAUAAGGUUAAACAGUAUAAUGCAUUUCUUCGGCCAGCUGGUCAUGGACAAAUAUUUUCAUCGAUUAAAUAUGACAUUCUAUUUCCUUUAUCAGUAAUGAAUGAAGAACAUUAUGGAUGUACAAUAACAGAACGAUUGUAUCCUAUUGUUAUUGUUUGUAAAGCAAUCAAGGCUGAUUUAAUAAAUAGUCCAAAAACGAUAUGUGGUACAAUGGUGAAUCAAAAUUGCAAUGUUACUACAACAAUCUUUCCAACAUUUGAUCAAUUUCAUAUUGUUUUAGCAACAGUCAAAUAUUGUCAAUUAAAUAAUCGAACAACAAUGAUAAAUUCUAAUCAUGUAUCUAUCGUUUUACUUAGUCAAAAACAUGUUUAUAAUGGAAUUGUUUUUAAAUUAUUUGAAUUUUAUGGUAUUGAAAAUCAUCAAUCAAAAUUUUCAACAAAUAAUUUAUAUGAUCAACGAAAAAUUUCUACAAGAAAAAAAUCUUCAAUUAAAAUUGUUACAGUACCAACGAUUUCCGAGAAUGAACCAUUUUCAAAUACGAACUUAACAAAUCGUAUCGAUGAUAUAUCAUUAUGCAAUCAAGAAAGUAAACAAACAUAUAAAAUAAAAAAAUCUUUAUCUUAUGUGGAUUUAAUAUUAAAUAAUAGAACUGAGAGUACUUGUGUUAUUUGUCUAACGGAUAUACGAAAUGUUUUACUUCUUCCAUGUCGACAUUUAUGUCUAUGUAAAACUUGUGCUGAAGAUCUCAAAUUUCAAUCAUCCAAUUGUCCAAUAUGUCGUAUACCAUUUCAUGCUUUAUUACAAAUCAAUGCUUUACGUCAUCGUCAAAUUCAUCCAUAUGAUAGUGAAGAAUAUAUAUAUGAAAAUAUAUCAAUUAUUGAUGCAUUAAAUUUAGCAACAACAAUCAUAACAAAAAAAAAUUCUUUAAAACAAAUUCAUAAUAAUCAUACAUCAAUAUCAACAAAUAAUUUUAAAAUUUAUCAUGUGUAUAUAAAUUUUCAUUUAAAAAUUGUUUAUGUAUAUGUAAAAGAAACGCACGUGUUCAGAAUGGAAGUUACAACAACAUUAUCAAAAACAUUUAAACGAUUUACAAUACCUCGUAGUACAUCAUCGAUGGGUUCAUUUACAACAACAAACGGUACUGCAACUAAUGUCGAACAAAAAUUUGAAGAAUUAUCAUCAUCACAAACAACACAAGUUUCAUCAUUAAAUGGUAAUUCAUCGUUAAAUCAUAAACAUCCACCAUUAUCUUAUGUUCAACAUAUACGACCAGUACAACAUCAUUCACAUCAAAAUUUAUCUCUAUCUUCACAAGAACAACAAGAACAACAACAAAAACAAAAAUAUAAUCUACCUACUCGACCAUUAAGUGGAGAUAUUUCAUCAUUUAUGAUACGUUCAUCAUCAACUGAUUUUCAUUCAUCGAAUGACUAUAUACCAAAAGAAAAUAAAAUGAAUAAAUCAGCAAAAGUAUCUUCUCUAUAUAAAUCAUCGAUACAACGUGAUACAAGUUAUGAUAAUAUAAAAAGUUUAACAACAAUUGAUGAAACAACAACAACAACAACAACAAAAUCAAAACCUGAACAAAGUUCUUCUCAAUAUUCAUCAAUUAAAAAUUUAUUAACAAAAAAAUUUCAUCCAUUAGGAAUAGCAACAACUUCACAUAAUGAAACAACAACUCAACCAACAAAACCAAAUAUUAAACAAAAGAAACGUCGUACAUCUUUUCGAAAUUUUUCACAAUUUCUUAAACGUAGUCAUAGUACAAAUACAGAUUUAUCAAAUAUAGCAGCAAAUAAUACAUCUAAUAGUAAUGAUCAACCAAAUAAGUUAACUGCUGAUAUUAUAUAUCAACGUUUACAUGCAAAACAAAUCGAUGAAAAUGAUUCAUCAUUUAUAACACGUUCAAAUACAAGUAUUAUGUGUAAUGGUAGUGGUACAGCAUUAGUACCAAUAUCCGAAGAAGAAAAUCCUGUACCAAUCAAACAACAAAAUCGAUUAAAAACAACAAAUAUUGAUGAGGAAGAUUAUUAUUAUGAUAAUACAAUUCGAUCUGAUAGUGCAGCAUUAACACAUCAACAAACACAAAGAAUUGCACCUAGUCUAAGUUUAUCAUCAUCAUCAUCAUUUAUAUCUGCUCAUACAUCAUCUCCAUCGGGUAUUUCAUCAACAUCAAAUAAAAAUCGAAAUAAUAUAUUAAACGGUAAUCAAUAUCAACAACGAGAUGAUCCGAUAAAACCGUCCAAAUCUUCAUCAUCAGUGACAUCUAAUAUUGGCACAGCAUUAGCUGUUCUUGCUAAUAAUACCAAUAUUAAUACUAAUACUAAUAAACAUUAUUUAACAAAUUCAAUUAGUUUACAUGGUGAUGUUAAUACAUUAAUAAAUGCUCAAAUAAAUGAUCAUCAUUUAUCAACAUCAGCUAUUAAUGAUGUUGAUUCCUCUUUAUCUUCAUCAACAAACACUAAAGGACGAACUGUUAUUCAGUCAAUAACACCUGAUAGUUUAACAAAACAAUAUUCAACAAAUAAUAUUGAAAAUUCUAAUCAAGAAGUAACUAAAGUUAAAAUGCGUGAACAUAGUGCAAAAAAGAAAAGAGGUUUACGUGAUCUUAAAUCGCGUAUAUCAUUACCACCGGAAUUAAAAAAUAGUUUUUCAUUUACAAAACAAAAUUUAACUGUAAUUAAUAAUAAUAAUAAUAAUAAUAAUAAUAAUCAAUCAUCAGGAAUAAAUUUAACAAAUAAACUUAAAUUAAAUCAGCAACAAAUACCACAACGUUCAUCUUAUUAUCAAACAAAUUCUUUAUCAACACAAACAUUAAAUAAUGUUUUAAAUCAAUCAAAUUCAUCAUUAGUACAUCGAUCACCAUCACAAUUAAAUGCAAGUAUGAGUGGACAAUUAAGUCGAAAUGAACAACGUCUUUCAAUGCUUGAUCUUGGUUUUGGAAAAAUUGAAUCUUAUAUUAAAUUAGAAAAAUUAGGAGAAGGUACAUAUGCGACUGUUUAUAAAGGAAAAUCUCAUUUAUUGAAUGGUUAUAUUGCAUUAAAAGAAAUUCGACUUGAACAAGAAGAAGGUGCUCCAUGUACAGCAUUACGAGAAGUAAGCCUUUUAAAAGGUCUUAAGCACACUAAUAUUGUUAGUUUACAUGAUAUUAUAUUUAAUCAAACAACAUUAACACUUGUAUUUGAAUUUGUUGAAAAAGAUUUAAAACAAUAUAUGGAUGAUUGUGGAAAUAUACUUAAUAUAAAGAAUGUUCGUCUUUUUUUAUUUCAACUUUUACGUGGUUUAGAUUAUUGUCAUUCAAAAAAAAUUCUUCAUCGAGAUCUUAAACCACAAAAUUUAUUAAUUAAUGAACGUGGUGAAUUAAAAUUAGCUGAUUUUGGUUUAGCACGUAUUAAAUCAUUUCCAACAAAAACUUAUUCACAUGAAGUUGUUACAUUAUGGUAUCGACCACCAGAUGUUUUACUUGGUAGUACAGAAUAUUCAACACCAAUUGAUGUAUGGGCUGUUGGUUGUAUUUUUUAUGAAAUGGCAUGUGGCCGACCAUUAUUUGCUGGUACAAAAGUUGAUGAAGAAUUAUAUUUAAUAUUUAAAUGUCUUGGUACACCAAAUGAAAAAACUUUACCCGGUGUAACAACAAAUCCUGAUUUUCAAGCAUUAAGAUUUCCUUAUUAUCAUGGUGAAUCAUUAAAUCAUUUAGCACCACGUCUUGAUCAAAAUGCAAUUGAUUUAUUAGAAAAAUUUUUACGAUAUAAUCCACAUUCUCGAAUAUCAGCACGUGAUGCAAUGAUGCAUAAAUUUUUUUCUUGUUACCCACCGACAAUACAUACAUUAGGACCAUUACAAUCAAUAUUAGAUUUAAAUGAAAUAUAUUUAACAAAAGAUCAUGGUUCAAAGCUCAUUACAGCAUCGCUCAUGAAAACGGCUAUUUCAAAACGAUCGAGUGUUCAUCUGUGA